UCAAAUUAGCAAUAUGAAAAUUAUAGCAAUAUUUCUACUGGCAAAUAUUGGAUGCAUUCUAGGCAAAACAAUUGAGCAACUAAAUGCAAACGCAACCAAGCAACUAGAAAGUAUUGUGGAAAAGUAUAAAUAUUUAGCCACUGAAAACGCUGAAUUAUCACAGUGGAUUAAAAAACUUUUAAAAGCUAGCAAGGGGAAUGCAAUGCUAGCCAAAAUGAAGCUACAUGCUCAAUUUCUGCUCUAUGAUGAACGUCGCAAGUACGAGGAAGGUAGAAUAAAAAGUCGCAUGAAUGCGAUUGAUGAUCUUAUUAAGGACACUAAAAUAAGUAAAAAGUGUCGAAAGUAUUAUCAAAGACAGAAAAAGUCUCUUCAAAUGGCCUACAAGUUUUCAAAUAAAACAAAACUGAGUAACAUUUUGAAGAACUCGAAAACAUGCGAUGAAAAAGAUGAAAAAGAUGAAAGCAACGAAGAGAACGACGAAUAUAGUUAUUAUUAAGCCAAAAGAGCGGCGAACGUCACUUAGAAAAAUUUAACAAGAAAACAAAAAAUUUUGUUUUGUUCAUAAUGUUUGGUUUGGUAAUUUUUGAGUUUUAUCAUAUUCAUCAAAAUCGUGUCUAUGAUAUAUAUUCUGUCGUCUACUAAUAAUUGUUACCUUAAAAAAAAAUAAAAUAAAUGCUAGAAAGUACGUAAAAAACAUA